UAUGCAAUUAAGUUCAUCCAUUUCUACAAUAUAAGUUGAAGAAGAUAAUAAUCUCUUUCCAGCUAAUCCAAUGAUUGGAUCUCAUAUAUAAUAACCCAUUGAUCAUAGUUCACCAGAAAUUCGUUUGCUUUGUUUGGCUUAAUCAAAUGACUUGGAACAAUUUUCCAAUUUGUUAACAUCAAGACCACUUGAUCUAUCAGCUAUCUAGAAUAGCAAAGGAUUUACUGUUCUACAUUAUGCGUGUUUCAAUAAUAGUUAUCAGAUGUGUGAAAUAAUAAUAAACCAUUAAGAAAGAAGAGAGAACAACUCAUUAAAUAUGGAGAAUUUUAUCAAUUCUGCCACAAUUGAUAAGUAUACUCCAUUGCAUUUUGCUGCUUAUCGAGGAAAUCUACAGAUUUUGACUCUUUUAAAAUUAAAAGGAGCCAUUUUAAAAGCUACAAAUAAAUAAGGUUUAAAUAUUAUGCAUAUUGGUGCCUAAGGAGAUCAACCCAUUAGCAUUGUAUUUGCCCUUGCUAAUGGAAUUAAAUUAAUUGAUUCCGAUCUAAAUGGAGGCACUGCCUUGCAUUGGGCAUGCUAUUAUGGUUAGGAGAGCUCUGCUAAUUACUUGCUACCAUUAAUAGAAUAAAAAAAACCAUAUUAUCCACUAAACUCUCUAGACUCUCAUCAAUACACACCCUUACAUUUGGCUGUUUAAAGUGGAAAUACUAAAUUAGUUAAGAAAUUGUUAAUUUAUGGGGCUGAUAGGAAAAUAAAAGGGUAAGGUAAUAAAACUCCUGCUGAUAUUGCUCAGGAGAAUGAUUUUAAAAACAUAUAUAAUCUCCUUACAAAAAAACGUAGUUUCCUCAUCUCAUAUUUUAAUCUGAAAUAAGGUCUAAAGAGAGUAAGGAAAAAUGGAUUAGAAUUAAUGAGAUUUGGUGGAUUCAUGAUUUUUCUUUUGGUAUCUUAUUUAUUGUAUAUGGUCGAUGAUUUCAUACCAAUAGUCCCAGAUUACAUUUUCUUUGGAAUUACUUUACUCUUUUUUAUUUUAAUUGUUUGUUCUAAUCCUGGCUAUCAAAUUAGAAGAAAAGAACCACUCUAUACGUUAAUAACAGCCUUUAAUCACCAAGACAUAUGUCCAAUUUGUAAUGUCGUGAAAUUACCAAGAAGUAAGCAUUGCGACAUUUGUCAACGAUGUGUUUUGGUUUAUGACCAUCACUGCCCUUGGAUUAAUAAUUGCGUAACAUCCAUAUAUAUUCACUAGGUUGGAGCACAAAAUCAUUUGAUUUUCAUUUCCUUUUUAAUUUCAUUGUUAGCAUCGCUUAUUUAUGCUCUUUUCAAAACUAUAUCCCAAUGUUUGGUUGGGAAUUAGAAUGAAUUAGAGAUAUUUGAUGAACCCUUAAUAUUUUGGGCUGUCUUAUCUAUCAAUAUUCUAAUCGAAAUUAUAUUUGCAUCAGGAAUCACACUUCUUCUUUUGACUUAGAUCUAAAACAUAUUUCUUGGUCAGACUACUUUUGAGAGAUUUGCAAUUCAAAAUUAAUCUGUUACUAUGAGAUCAGACAUGGGCAAUUCAAAUAACAGUUCAUUAAUUGAAGUUGAAUCACCCUCUUAAAAAAGAGAUCGAUUCGUCCGAUGUUCAUGUAAAAAUGUCUUCAAUUUCUUAACAAAUGGAGCAACACAGAGAAAAAAAGAAUAAGCUAUUAGAAUUUGA